GUCCAGCGGGAGGGCGCGCGCGCGCGGGACUUUCAAGCGUCGGACCCGGGGAACUCGAGCUGCCAUGAGCCUCUGGGUGGACAAAUACCGGCCGUGCUCCUUGGCACGGCUGGACUAUCACAAGGAGCAGGCGACCCAGCUGCGUAACCUGGUGCAGUGUGGUGAUUUUCCUCACCUGUUAGUGUAUGGACCAUCAGGUGCUGGAAAAAAAACAAGAAUUAUGUGUAUUUUACGUGAACUUUAUGGUGUUGGAGUGGAAAAAUUGAGAAUUGAACAUCAGACUAUCACGACUCCAUCUAAAAAAAAAAUUGAAAUGAGCACCAUUGCCAGUAAUUACCACCUUGAAGUUAAUCCCAGUUUGGAUUCUGUUUCUCAGAUUUCUUCUCAUUUUGAAGUGUCAUCUUUGAAGGGAGUGGUAUUAUUGACAGAAGUUGACAAACUCACCAAAGAUGCUCAGCAUGCCUUGCGCAGAACCAUGGAGAAGUAUAUGUCCACCUGCAGAUUGAUCUUGUGCUGCAAUUCUACGUCUAAAGUGAUACCUCCCAUUCGCAGUAGGUGUCUGGCAGUUCGUGUCCCUGCUCCCAGCAUUGAAGACAUUUGCCAUGUGUUAUCCACUGUGUGCAAGAAGGAAGGUCUGAAUCUCCCUUCACAACUGGCUCAUAGACUUGCAGAAAAGUCCUGCAGAAAUCUCAGGAAAGCCCUCCUUAUGUGUGAAGCCUGCAGAGUACAACAAUAUCCUUUUACUGCAGAUCAAGAAAUCCCUGAGACGGAUUGGGAGGUGUAUCUGAGAGAGACUGCAAAUGCAAUUGUCAGUCAGCAGACACCACAAAGGCUCCUUGAAGUUCGUGGAAGACUCUAUGAGCUUCUAACCCAUUGUAUUCCUCCUGAGAUAAUAAUGAAGGGUCUUCUCUCAGAACUUUUACAUAAUUGUGAUGGACAGCUGAAAGGAGAAGUAGCCCAGAUGGCAGCUUUUUAUGAACAUCGUCUACAGCUGGGUAGCAAAGCCAUUUAUCACUUGGAAGCAUUUGUGGCCAAAUUUAUGGCACUUUAUAAGAAGUUCAUGGAGGAUGGAUUGGAAGGCAUGAUGUUCUGACUUCUAUCAGUAAUUCUUCCAAGCAUUUCUCAGUAUCAGCAUUUAUCUACAGUUUAUAUAGGAAGAGGUGUAGGUAAAAUAAAAUAACUUUACUUAGUCAUGUCUUA